CCAUCGCCCUUGAACCCCGCCCCGCCAGGCGCCGCCUAGAAGGGGAGGGGGGACGCUGCGCGGGGGGGGGCCGCGGAGACGCUGUCCCGCCCCCGGCUGAUGCAAGGCGCCUCCGAGCCACGCUGGCCCCGCGCCCCCCGCCCGGCGGCAGGGUUUCAUUUGGGCUCUGGGGGCCGGUGAGUGAAUGUGAUGGGGGUGUGGGCGGGCAGGCAGAGUUUGCGUGAGCAGCACACGUGUGUGCAUCCGGUGCCCAAGCAGGGGGGCUGUGUUUGUAAGUGCGUGCAAGUGGGUGGUUCCCGGGGUCGGUGGGAGCUGGCGUGAACGAGCGUGCGAGCGAGUGUUCAGGCUCGGGCUGUUCCCAUGCCAGCGUGCCUGGCCCCGGCCCCCUCCCGCCCGCCAUGGAGAAGGUGAAGCCGGACGAGGAGGAGAUGAGCCCCGAGGAGCCCCCCGCCCGCCCAGCCUGGAGCAACAAGGCCGAAUACAUCCUGGCGCAGGUCGGCUUCUCCGUGGGCCUUGGCAACGUCUGGCGCUUCCCCUACCUAUGCCACCAGAAUGGGGGAGGAGCCUUCAUCCUCCUCUACCUCCUGAUCCUCCUGGUGGUAGGGAUCCCCCUCUUCUUCCUGGAGCUGGCGGCCGGGCAGAGCAUCCGCCAGGGCAGCAUCGGGGUCUGGCAGCACUUCAGCCCCCACCUGGUCGGCAUCGGUUUUGCCAGUUGCGUGGUCUGCGGGUUCGUUUCUCUCUAUUACAACGUGAUCAUCGCCUGGAGCCUCUUCUACCUCGUUAACUCCUUCCGCUCCACCCUGCCCUGGGCCAGCUGCCCCCUCGGCGCCAACCACAGCCAGCCAGAACCUGAAUGUGCCCAGAGCUCCCCCACCACCUACUUCUGGUACCGGAAGGCGCUGGACGUGAGCAGCUCGAUCGACGCCAGCGGGGGGGUGAGCCCAGCUCUGGCCGGCUACCUGCUGGCUGCCUGGACCCUGGUCUGUGGCGCCCUCAUCCGGGGCAUCAAGUCCUCCGGCAAGGUGCUGUAUUUCAGCUCCCUCUUCCCCUACGUGGUGCUGCUCUGCUUCCUGGUGCGGGGGCUGCUGCUGGAUGGGGCGGCCGACGGCGUCCGCAUCAUGUUCACCCCCCAGCUGGCAGUCUGGGGCGACAUGCAGGUCUGGCGCCAGGCAGCCACCCAGGUCUUCUUCUCGCUGGGGCUGGGCUUCGGGAGCGUCAUCGCCUACUCCAGCUACAACGCCCGGCACAACGACUGCCACGCUGACGGGCUGCUGGUGGCCGGCGUCAACUUCCUCACCUCGCUGCUGGCCACCCUGGUCGUCUUUGCCGUGCUGGGCUUCCGGGCCACCACCGUCGCCAGGGCCUGCGUGGCAAGGAACAUGGAGAUGCUGGCCCAGCUGCUGGGGACCGGGGUCCUGUCCACCCUGGAGCUGCCCACCACAGACCCGGCGGCGCUGUCCCCGUCAAAGUACAGCGCCUGGUACCACAGGCUGUCCCCCGAGCGGGGCACCAUGCUGCAGGGACACGGCAUCACUGACUGCCGGCUGGAGGACGAGAUGAACAAGGGCGUGGAGGGCACCGGCCUGGCCUUCAUCACCUUCACGGAGGCCAUGACCCUGUUCCCGGCCUCCCCGUUCUGGUCCGUCCUCUUCUUCCUCAUGCUGCUGAACCUGGGGCUGAGCACCAUGCUGGGGAACAUGCAGGGCAUCCUCACCCCCCUGCUGGACCACUACCCCGCCCUGCAGCGCCGUGCCGCCCUCUUCACCGUGCUGUGUUGCGUAAGCGGGUUCCUGCUGGGGCUGAUGUUUGUGCAACGCUCGGGCAGCUACUUCGUCUCCAUGUUUGACGACUACUCAGCCACCCUGCCCCUGGUGGCUGUCGUGGCCUGCGAGGCCGUGGCCGUGGCCUGGGUCUACGGGACGGACAGGUUCCUGGGGGAGGUGGAGAUCAUGCUGGGCUGGAAGCCCUGGGGCCGGGGUUGGCGGCCCUGGCGGCUCUAUGGCUGCAUGUGGCGUUACAGCAGCCUGCUGGCCAUGCUGGGGCUGCUGCUGGCCAGCCUGGGGCAGAUCUGCCGCAGCCCCCCCACCUACCAGGCCUGGGACCGGACGCAGGUGGAGGAGACGCGGGUGCCGUACCCGCCCUGGGCGCUGGCCAUGCUGAUCUCGCUCAUCGUCCUGGCCACCCUGCCCAUCCCCGCGCUCUACCUCCGGCAGCUGGUGUGGGAGUGGCAGACACGGCGCCGCCAGCAGGGGGCGCCCCCCCGAGCGGAGCCGGGGCAGGAGGAGGAGGAGAGCCCGGCUGACCCCGAGCGCUCGGCCAACGGGUACCUGCCCGUCUGCACCCAGGAGCCCCCCGGGCAGGGAGAAGAGGCCAGGGCCUCCUUACGGGGGGAGCCAAAGUAAUGGGGGGGAGACAAGGGGGUGGAAGGCAAAGGUCAGAGGUCAUUGGAGGGGAGCAUCUGUGACCCCUGCCCAUGAGUGGGGCUGGAUCUCCAUGGUUUGUGCCCCCCUGCCCAGGGCGGGCACUAGGCCCGAUUGGUGGAGCUGGGAGAGAGCGAAGGACUCCCAUUGGUAGGUCACAAGAAGGCGCCUUCUCUGAUUGGUGGAGGAGGAAGCGCUGAUCGGUUGGUGCCCGGAGCCAAAAGACCAAUAAGGGGAAGGAAGAACAAAGCAACUCCUGAUUGGCAGACCCAUGCGGCAUAGUGGCCUCUGAUUGGUGGAGCAAAACACUGCAGGCUCUGAUUGGUGGGCUGAAGAGGAUUUCUCCCCCCCAUCCUCCAAAGGAGGGGGCGGGGAGGGGAGACCAACCUGCUGUGCAUGGUCCCCUCACCCCCUUCUCUCUUCUUUACACGUGGGGUGGCCAUGUUGUUCCCAGGGCGUUGCCCAGGGGCAGCCAUGUUGUCUUCCUCCCAAUGCCACCUGCCCCAGGGCAUGUGUCCCAUCCUCUGUCCCCAUCUUUGGGGCCUUCUUAGAAACGUGCUGUUAACUAACCCCUCUCCUGUUGGGUCUGGAGCCAUCAGCCCCCCACACUUGCCAAGCCUGGCCUAGCUGGGCCCCACACAAGUGCCUAAGCCUCUGAGGGAACAGGGGGGUGUCUGUUGCCAAGAUAUACGGCCAGAUUUCGUUGUUGGGGUCCAGGCCAUUGACAGUCACAGCCCAAGGUCCCCCAAUGCUGCCCCCUGCUGCUAUCUACACCAGUUGUUGCAACAAUAUGGAGGGGGAAAGCCCUGUGUGGAUCCAGCUGCUGUGUUGGCGGAGGGCAGCUGCUGUCUAUGCUGUGGUAGCAACAGUGACAUAGGAGAGCAGGGUCUGUGGGGCUGGCUGGCCCUGCUGGCUCCGGCUCCCACAUUGCACUGGUCUGAACUUGUAGGGGCGGCAGUCGGACACCUGGGGCCUCUUUUUAAAGGGAAAGUUGCCACGAUGCUGUUGGUCCUGGUGUGUUUUGGCAGGCCAGUGGCGUGGGUCUUAUUCCCCCUUGUGCUAACACCGUAGCCCACCCAUAGACUCCAGGGCUAAGAACAGAGCAGGACUGAGCCCCACAGCGUUAAUGCAUUGUCAUCUAGCCAUUCCCCUUCCAUCCCCCACGUCAUCCAAUCCCCAUCUAUCCAUGCCCCAUGGCUCCAUUUCCCUCCUUCCCCUGCCCCAAAGUGCCUCCAGGGCUAAGCCCCUCUCUCUGUCUGACCCACUGGUCCUAGAACGAGAAGAUUCUGUCUGAUGGACCCUGACAGCCACAACUGUCCAUGCAGGGAGGGGACUGGGCCAGGCCUCCGCAUUCCUGGGUUCAGUUCUUGGCCUGGCCGCCGGCUCCCCUGCCUUGCUGGACCUCAGUUUUCCCCAUUAUAAAAUGGGGGUCGCGCUUCCUUAAGCUGUUUAGAUUGUAAAUUUCUCAGAGCAGGCUGAUCUCGCUGUGGUGCUGAGCAGUUUGGAGGGUGAAGGGGGGAGAAUCCGGAAAUCGCCCACUUUUCGGGAGCUCUUGCUGGCCCGCAGGUGCCAGGGAUGGGCUGGAGUUCCAUGGCGGGAGGGUGUGUUAUUGACUGUAUCGUUUUCAAGGUGCUAUUCUUGCCUGAAGAAUAAAGGUGUUUUGCUUACA